CACUUUCUCCGCCAACAUGCCCACGUUCUUUCGCAACCUCUCGAAAGAAUCUCCUCCCGUCCUUCGCUGAGCCGCAGUUAUCCCGACGGCCGACGCUGUAAAAAUGAGCAAAUCGCUUUUCAAGCUCGCUGGCCAGAAGAUCGCCGUCGUUGGCGGCUCGUCCGGCAUAGGCUUCGGAGCCGCAAGCCUCCUUCUCGAAGCAGGUGCCCACGUCACCAUAAUUUCUUCCAAUGAAGACCGGGUGAAGGAUGCCGUUCGGCGCUUAAGCGGCACCGGUGCUGUCGAUGGCAAGGUGGGAGAUGUGAGAGACGAGGAAGGAUUCACGCAAGUUCUCAUAUCGCUCGCACCACUGGACCACAUUGUGUUCUCCGGCGUCGAUGUCAUUAUCCGGGGUCCUUUGGCGGACGCGAACCUUGAUGAAGCGAAGCAUCUUUUCGGCGUCAAGUUUUGGGGAAGCGUCGUGAUCGGCAAAGCACUCGUGAAGCACGAAAUUGUAAGGCCUGGGGGCUCGUUGACGUUGACCUCUGGAACUGCGGGACUAAGGCCCGGUAAAGGAGCCGCGAUUGGCGGAGCUCUCAACGGCGGAGUGCUGUCGUUGACAAAAGGUCUUGCCUCGGACCUCUCAGACAAAAGGAUAAGAGUCAAUACUGUGGUCCCAGGUCUCGUCAAAACGGAGCUGUGGGAUAAGCUGGGCAAGACGAAGGAGGAGCAACAGCAGCUCUUCGAGGAAGGGGGUAGCAAGCUGAGUGUUGGAUUCGUGGCUACCCCUGAGCACAUCGCCGAAGCAUAUCUAUACGCCGUGAGAGCAGAUUAUGCGAACGGCACACUCAUUGUGAUUGAUGGCGGUGGUCAGUUAUAGAGCCCUGUCACGCUGAAUGGAUUCAUUGGAAUGGCCAUGAUGCAACAUCUAGGGGGUUUGACGGACGAAAGAUUAGAACGUGAUAGAGACAUGAUACAGAUGAUGAACUCUUGGCGUGGCUUCAACUUGCAGGUGUUUGGAUGCAUUUGCGCCAACAAUGAUUGCUUGUGUAUCUUGCUUCUCUCUCAGACUAAGGCACUUCUCUAGACAUGCCGCUUUCCACAUCGUUCGAUUCCGACUUGAAAUUUGUGGAAAAUUUUCGAGGCUUCUUGGGCGUGUAAAGUGCAUGCCAUGUCGUUCAAGAACGUCAAUCUGAUAUGGUUAUCUAGUCUAGCUAGGUGAAGAGCAACACUAAUAGGAG